GCACUCAAGUCUUCCACAAACCCACCGAGCCGAGCUCGCACGCACGGGCACGGCCACCGAAACCACCGCCACAGUGGCAGAGAGCCUUUCCCCUCCACAGUUCCACUCAUCCCAAGUCAGGUGGCCAGUGGCCACAUACAUCCGCGGUGAGGGCGAGCAUUCCCGGCCAACUUCUCCUUUCACCCCCACGCCGACCUGACGCAGAAGACUCCAUGUGAUCCCCAACCCAAUCCGCCGACCGGCUCGCCCCUGGAUGGAAUCUAUUCCCGGAGAGCGCUAGCAUGAUCCGCCCCUGCGCAUGUCGCUCUGCAGGUCCCGAGAAGGUAUAGCAACAAAACAAGGCCAUACCCACCCACACAGGAGCACACGCGGCGCCGCCGUCCUUUUCCUGCCUUUUCCCCCCGUCCAGCACUCCAGUUGAUCAAUCAGUCGCCAAAAGCUUGCCAAAUUUCACGUGUCUCGCUGUCUUUUGAUGAGGAUCCAUAAAUCGCUGUUCCGAACCCCAAAUAUUCCACACUUUCACAUUUUCAUCCCCAAGAAAAUCCCGAGGAUCCUGACUUUCGCUUGUUGCUUGCCUUUCCCCUGAUCGAGCUGGUCUGAGCUCUUCGAUGUCCUGCCAUUUCUCCCCGGUUUCUUGAGCAUCUUCCUUCGGUUCUCCAGUAUAAAAAUCCCGCCUUUUGCUACCUUCCUGCCUUUUCCCUCCCCGUUCGAGUUCCCGGAUCCAAGAUUCUAGAUUGGCGAGUUGGGAGUUGGGGUCAUGGCGGCAGCCGAGGCCGUGGCAAUGGCGGAGCAGGUGGUGGCGGACCUCCGGGAGAAGUGUGAGACGCCGCCGGAGCUGCUGCGCGAGGUGGCGUCGGCGAUGGCCCACGAGAUGGGCGCGGGGCUGGAGAAGGAUGGCGGGAGCAGGGUCAAUAUGCUUCUCUCCUACGUCGAUAAGUUACCAACAGGGAGAGAGGAAGGUUUGUUCUAUGGAUUGGACCUAGGAGGAACAAAUUUCCGUGUCUUGAGGGUGCAGUUGGGUGGGAUUGAGAAGCAUGUUGUUAACCGUGAGUCCAGAGAAGUCAGUAUUCCUCCACAGUUGAUGUCAGGGAGCUCCUCGGAGCUUUUUGGUUUCAUUGCUUCUGAAUUGGCUAAGUUUGUUGCUGAUGAGGAGAAGUGCGCUAACGUAUUAUCAAAUGGAAAAAAGCGAGAGCUAGGGUUCACAUUUUCAUUCCCAGUGAAGCAACGUUCAGUUGCUUCGGGUACCCUUGUCAAGUGGACAAAGGCAUUUUCCAUUGAUGAUGCUGUAGGUGAAGAUGUUGUGGCUGAAUUGCAAACAGCUAUGGAGAAGCAAGGUCUCGACAUGCAUGUGGCUGCACUGAUUAAUGAUGCUGUUGGAACUCUAGCUGGAGCAAGAUACUAUGACAGAGAUGUUGUUGCUGGUGUGAUAUUUGGAACUGGCACAAAUGCAGCAUAUGUUGAGAAGGCAAACUCCAUUCCAAAAUGGGAAGGUGAAUUGCCCAAUUCGGGGGAUAUGGUUAUCAACAUGGAAUGGGGUAACUUCUGUUCAUCCCAUCUUCCUGUCACUGAAUAUGAUCGAGAGUUAGAUAAGGAGAGCUUAAAUCCGGGAGAGCAGAUCUACGAGAAGUUAAUGUCAGGAAUGUAUUUAGGCGAAAUUGUAAGGAGGGUUCUCCUUAAAAUGUCGUUGCAAUCCUCAAUUUUCGGCAAUAUUGAUCACACUAAGCUCAAAACCCAUUUCCUUUUGCGGACCCCACAUAUUUCUGCAAUGCACCAUGAUGAAACGCCUGAUCUCAAGAUUGUUGCUGAAAAACUGGAAGAAAACCUAGAGAUAACAGGUACAUCCUUGGAGACUCGAAAAUUGGUCGUCGAAAUUUGUGAUAUCGUGGCAAGAAGGGCAGCCCGGCUGGCUGCUGCAGGUCUUGCAGGGAUCCUCAAGAAGCUUGGGAGAGAUGGCAAUGCCCAGGAGCAACGAUCAGUCAUCGCCAUUGAUGGAGGACUGUUCGAGCACUACACCAAAUUCCGCGAAUGCUUGGAGAUCACACUGGGCGAGUUGCUUGCAGAGUAUGCCUCCAAGUCAGUGGCCGUCAAGCAUGCAGAUGACGGUUCAGGAAUAGGUGCUGCCCUGAUUGCAGCUUCGCAAUCUCAGUACAGAAAUGUUGAGUGAUAUAGCAAUAGCUGGCAAAAGUAUUUGCCACACAUGUAGGGAAGAUUAACUAGCAAAGCAGCUGGAAUUUCUUUCCCACAUCUUAACAGUCCAGUAUGUGCAGUUCACAAUGCUGGAGCUGAAGCAAUCUGUAACCGAAACGAGGCUUGACGAAGUGACUUUGCAUAGUUCCAAUAACAGCGGAGUUGCAGAGAUUUUCUAAUCAUGAAAUCUCAUAACUUUUGACCUUUUAA